AUGGACUGUGGGCGCUUGGCGGCGAGCAGCGAGCCGCCCCGCGGCGCGGGCGCGGAGCGCGGCUCGCGGCCGCCGUCCCGCGCCGGCGGCGCUCCCUGCGCGCCCGCGGCGGCCGAGCCGCGCCCCGCCGCCGCUCCGGGCCGCCCCGCCGCCAACAACGCCGCCCGGGAGCGCAGCCGCGUCCAGACCCUGCGCCACGCCUUCCUGGAGCUGCAGAAGACCCUGCCCUCGGUGCCGCCCGACACCAAGCUCUCCAAGCUGGACGUGCUCCUCCUGGCCACCACCUACAUCGCGCACCUCACCCGCAGCCUUCAGGAUGAGGAGGAGUCACCGGGAGAGGGUUUGGGCGCGCUCCGCGGGGACGGAUACCUCCACCCUGUCAAGAAGUGGCCCAUGCGUUCCAGGCUGUACAUUGGAGCCACGGGGCAGUUUCUGACCCACUCGGCACAAGGAGACAGCGCAAACCAUGGGGAAACGUCAACAUCGUCACAGAUCUAACCUCCCUUCUUGCUUUUAAAAAAAUGGUUAUUUAUUACAUCUUAGAUAAAUAUAUAUUUAAGUUAAAAACAGUAUCUACAGACAAACUGUAAUUCCUGAAAUGCUGUUUGUAGAGGAGAAGGAAUUGAUUCUUAAAUGUAAUUCAUACCUCAUUAAGUUAACGUGAUACGUCAUUGGUUUCUACCACUGCUGCGAUCUGAAUGAGGGAGAGAGGGAGGUGGUGACUGCAGCCAGAACCAAUCCAAGCAGCAGCCAGCAAAGAGCUGCCAGCAGGGUUAAGUAUCCUUGUCCUCUCUGGGACAAGCCCUGUAAGAAAAGUGAGGAGAAGUUACGUGCUAAUGGCCAAGUACACGGUGAAACAGGCUUGGGUGAAAAGAGAAGGGCAAGGCUAAAAAUAGCAAUUGUAAUCCCACAUAGACUUUCUCCACUGCUAAAAGCCGAUGGCAGAAAUCCCCUCAGGCAGAAAUCCCCUCACUGCAGCUGUCAGGUCAGGGCUCCAGCCAUCGAUAGUCCUACACGCUUGUAGUUAUUGCUGGGAAUAGGGAUGCAUGCUCAUGGAGUAAAAAUGUGCUGCGAGACCUGUCCCUCCUGCACAGAGUGCUGUAAUUUGGUCACUGCUUGUACCCACGCGCAGGACUGCCCUGCAUGUUACAGGCUUGCUCCCCCGGCACAACCAUGUGUCUGCUCACCACACCACGGAUCAUUUCAUUUAAGGAUGUUGGAGCAGGUGAACCCAAAGUGUUGGCUUCUUCACUUAAACAUCUGUAUUUAGGCAAGAAAAGUUGAAAGUAAAUGCACAAAUGUCAUCCUUUCUAUCUGUCUGUAAAACACUGUUGAUCUCAUAUGGUUUGUUAUUGCUGAGGUAAAUGUUCUAUUAAAUAUUAUUCAGUGAAUAUUA